AUAUGCUUCAAUUGGAUCUAGAUAAUGAUGGUGAUACUUUCUUGAAUACAAAUGGUGCACCAGGAGGUGGAAACAAUGAGCAUAGCGUGAAUGAUGAUAUACCCAAAGAGACAACCAAAACUAAACGUAAUGCUAGAGCCCCGGAAACUAAAGUAAACCUGCCUAUUGAUGCUUCUACUUCCCAGAUGAAAGCUGGCUCGAUGAAUACCACAACAACCACUGCACCUAGAACAAUUAGAGAUUUAGCUUUUAAACCAAGAUUCAUAAACGUGAAUGGGUAUGAUGAAGAACUUUAUGAGGAAGCAAAGAAUUAUAUAAAUAACUGGAGUACAUCUUUAUUCUACGUUGACGAAAAAAGGUUUAAAGAUAUCGUGGGAAACGGCAGUCAUAAAAGCGAAGUAUUUCAACUGGUAGAUGAAAGUCUUUAUCCAAAGGGAAAAACCAAAGAAAUACAGCAGCUGGAAUUUGACAGCGAAUUCGGUAACUUAAAUGAAAUAACAGUAACAUUGAAAAAGGAAGGUUCCUCGAAAUCUGAAAAACUCUUACCGGGACAAAUAGUGUCCUUACGUGACUCUUUUACAAGAAAUGCUUUUAUUUUGAAUGUUGGAGGUUAUGUGACUUCUUCAUCCUGGCUUCCUUGUGAUGGAUUAAAUAAUGAGUUUACUUAUUUAGCGGUUUCAGUUAUUAAUAUUGCUUCCCAGAAGAUUCAAGAUCUCAUAAUACACCCAGAAUUGAGUAUUCUUGGCUUCAAUGGAGAUACCAAAGAAGUGAAUUCGUCGAUACAAAUUUGGAGGUACGAAUUCAAUACUCAACAAUUUCAGUUAUCUACUAAGAUUUUGACAAAUAAGUUUGGUGUCACAUCUAAUUUAUCGUGGGCUAAGAAAAACUUCAAAACCACGAAUGUCCUAGGAUUUUUGUUAGGUUCUUUCAGUGAUGGAAAACUUCAUGUGUUUGAAAUCCCAAGAAAUGAAGGUGAUUGUAAUUACUUGGUAAGUGAAUCACCUUCAAUUACGUAUGAAGUCAAGGAUGAUUUAUCUUCGAAAAAACAUUCUACAAUUACUUGUUAUUCACUCUUAGAAAAUGAUAGUAUAGUCGUGGGUACCGCCGAUGGAUAUCUUGCAGAAUUUAUCUUACCACAGGUAGAAUCACCUACUUCAAAUUCUGCUGUUGAGGAAGAUAUAACUAUCCCAUCGUUCAUUGAACUUAUUGCUGAUAGUGCUAUCUGCUCUAUAGCAACAACCAACCCAAAGCCUUAUGUUCAUAUGAUUUAUUUAAAUACCUUAGGAACACAAGCUUAUACCUUUAUAUAUGAGAAUAGAAGAUUUCAUUCCGAGAGGAUGGCCUCAGUAUCAUUGGCUCCACUCAAAUCUCAUCAUCAUUUAAGAUUGUUCUUCGGUGUUGAUGGACAUGAUACUUUAGCUUAUUCUCAAGUAAAAAGUCCUCAAGAAAGACCAAUUUUGGCUUUUAAAACUGAAAACAUCACUUCUUACGGAAUAAGCGAGCAUUUAGGUCAUCCAUUAGCUCUCAUUGGUAAUUCCUUUGGUGAAGCUUAUAUUGUGAACUUUGCAAGAAAGCUAUUGAAUAAUACAAAAACAUCAAAUAAAGUUUUGAUUCCAUUAAGACUAUGGAAGUUUGAGAAAAAUAGUAAUAACGGAAUUGACUUAAUAGGUGAUUAUGUUAGUACAGUUGCAGAAAAGCCCAUAGUCAAGGUAUCAACUGCUGAUCCCGAAUUAAACAUAUCUUCGAUUUCGUGGUGUGAAGAUCUAGAAGGUAGUUCUAUGUAUGCUAUGUCAACCAUAAGUGGGUUGUUAUUAGUUGAGAGAUUAGAUCCUUCUACUUAAACUAUAUAGUCUUUUCUCGUGUCUCAUUAGUGUAAAUUAGUUUGUAUAUCUAUAUGUAACGUAAAUUAGUAUUUGGGUAU